ACAUUCAACGCAAAGAACGAUUCCUAUUUGUAUUUGCAAUAUUUUUGAAUUUUAAAUUUUGUUAAAUAUUAUUAUUAAUUUGAAUGGAAGCAGCUUACAAUUCCAACCAGAGCGUUUUCAACAUAGUCACCAAUAUAGCCGUGUUGCUGUCGCAGGAUGAGCGCGCCCAAGCCGAGCAAGCAGCUGCAGCUGCAGAGAUGCCUUCGCCUGCUUCAGUUGCCAAUAAACGCACAAAAAUCUACGAAUCUCUGCUGUCGCCACGUUCGACGAACCCAUCGUCUCCUCGAUUGGAUAGGCUACCUGAGUGUCAGAAGCUAUUGGACGAGCAGUGCGCGAAUUUAAAUUCCACUCUAGGCAACGAGAUUCCAAGCUGUCUUCUCAACAUAUGCUCAGCUCAAGAGCAACAAAAACAACAACAAGAACCUUCAAAAUCCUGUGGAUCCUGGCAAAACCAAAUUUUGCUGGCCAGGCCGCUACGACUGCUGCCAAACCCAUGCCAGGAUUGGCAAUUCCCGGGUAGACCGCUGGGCCCACCCCUAUUAAGAUCGGUCGAAAAUAUGCGAGACUCAAUAAAGCCCAUCGAAUUUCGCCGGCAGUCAGAAUUUCCGGUGAGCGAUCUGGACGUGAUGCGCAAUGCCCAAAAGAGCCAGAAGAAAACCAUUUUGGCCUGCUCAGUACUGAAGGACUCCAUGUCACGUAUAAAUGAAUCCAGGAGAGGACCACGGCGUGUUAAGAUUAACUUGCCGUUGCGGGACAAAGGCCAAGUGUCAGCAAAAGAAUCCGAUACUAAUAUGGGCUUAACGAUGACCGUUACAUCUGAGAAACAUUUUGUCACGGAUCAGCUUGUAAGUAACGAGCUCAAAUGGCACCAGGAUCAGACGUUGCAGUUGAUGUAUAUUAAGCUGCCUCUCCUCAUUGAUCAUUUAAAGCAGGCUGCAGCUGGUCUGCAAUCUGAUACGAUUGUCUGCACGGACGAUGGCUAUUUUAUGUUGAAACCAAAUAUCACUCUGAGCGUUGUGCUGCCCGAGGUGCUGGCAGAAUUUGCGGAGCCAUUUCUUGCCUCUGGCAGGGCCUAUCGGCGACUGAGCGCCCGUACUCAAUGGCAGCACGCACCAAAUCGUAUCGAACGCCCUUUGAACCGAACUAUGCGUCAGGCCAUAAUUACAUUCCUUACGAAUAGCCGACUGUUUUUGCUGUCGCUCUCUGUACAAAAUUUGCCACAGCUGCUACGCGGCGCACGUCCCGCCAUGGAGAUGCUGCAGCAGAUGGAUCAGAUGUUUCAGGCUGAGCCCAGUCUGAACAUCGCUGAAGGCAUGAACGGAAUGUGUGGAAUGAGCCUGCUGAGCUUCGUUUGGUCAGCUAUUAAUGUGGGCAUUAACUGUGAAUUUUCACAAUUACUUAUGUACCUGUUGAGAUCAUUGUGCGGCACAUACUUCGCCCAGCUACAGCGUUGGCUUUACCAGGGCGAGCUCGAGGAACCCUUUAAUGAGCUUUUCAUCAAGUGUUGCCCGCACAAGAUGAUGCACGAGCGCAGCAAAGAAUUUUUCGACAAGGGCUACUAUGUUCGGUCAGAUAUAGUGCCUGGCUUUCUUGCGGGCUGCGAGCAGGCAAUUCUGCAAUGCGGAAAGUACAACCGUUUCCUUAAGACUUACAAUGCUCAGCAUGUGGUUUUCAAUUUAAAGUAUCCCGACUUUGUUGUAUGCCUGUCGGAGCAGCAGUUAAUGAAAAUGCGCCAAGAGCUGGAGCUACACUACGAACAUAUACUGCAGAACAUCCAGCCAUUUAAGAUGCAAAGCAUCUUAGAGGAACAAACAGAGAGUAGCCGACGCUUUGGUAAUCGCAUGUGGGACUGCACUCGGUCGCACAUUGCUGCCUGGGAGCAGCGCCAGCGUGAUUUGCAAUUGAAAGCGAACGCAGUGAAGCAAAAACGCUAUGAAGAGCUUAACGAGCAACGGGAGCAACAGGAACAGUUGCGUCUGGAGCAGAAACGUAUGGGACUGGUAUUUGAGCUAGGAUACCAGCGCAAGUGCGAUCAGCUGGAAGAAAUGCGUUUGAAACAGGAGAAACAGGGUUUGGAAAAGCAAAUAGCUGCCUUACAAAAGGCCACAGCACCGAUUGAAAUGCCUGUCGCGGACACGAGCCCAGACGACAGCACAAGUAGUGGUCGCAGCUAUGUUUCCUGCGAGGAAUUAGACCCCGAAGAACUGGCGAAGGUUAAGCCAGUGCCAGCGACAUCACAGCCGGAUCAAGCCGAUGUGCUGAACUCGAAUGAGACCGAUAUGGAAAUGGCUCGCAAUCGUAUGCGCAAUAAUUCCUCUGAACAGUUUCAAGAAUGUCAAAUGGAAGUACAGCUGCAGAAAGACGCGACGACCAGCGCAACCAGUUACACAGAAGCCGAACAAAAUCGGAUGCGAGUUCUUAAUUGUACGGAACAGCGAACUAAGCUGCCGCCAGAUUUGAACAUGAAUCUCGAGGAUCUCACAGAUUUGCAGCGCAAUCGUCAGCGCAUGCAGCAGCACAACACUUUCGGCUCAUUGAAUAGUGAAGAGGAUGCGGCCAGUGAGUCCGAGAAGCGUCUACUGCAUUCGGACACGGAACUUGCACGAAAUCGCCGUCAUGUUAUGGAAGGAGACUUCACGAUCAGUGGAGGUUUAGGCAAUGCCAUGCAUUUGCCAUUGGAGCCACACAAGCUAUGCGUGGAGUCCACGCUGGAUACAGAAACGCCCAUGUCCACCACAUCCGAUGUAGAGAUUGAAGUCGAUAUACCAAACGAGCUGGUUGAUGCGGCCAAUAACAACAGUAUUAAUAGUAGUAACAACUGUGAUACUAAUCAGGAUAAUACGGAUCAGACUGCAGAAGCUGCUGUAGUUGAGCCCGAAGCUGUGGCUUUGAAAAGAGAAAAGCCUGUCUUUAGCUUACCCACAUUGCAAUUGGAUACGUCGGAGGCAAAAGGAUCCGAACAAAUACAAAAAAUCGGACAUAAUCCGUUUAUAAUCAAACGUUACAUGCAGCUGUCGGUUAUGAUACCACUUAAAUCGCACCUGUCGCUGCUACGCAACGAGGUUCUGCGCAUAUUCCACGAGCAACACGUUUUCGAGCAUUUUUGCCAGCUACGCAAAUAUUUCUUUUUGCUAGACGGCGAAUUCGGCACACUGCUCAUUGUGGGAAUCCUGGAGCAAAUCGAAUCUGGCGUAGUGCCGCACAGCUUAUGCCAAAAGGGUGUACUCGACGCCAUAAUCAACAAUGCACUCAUCAACAGAGCAGCCGAUGGAACUGGUGCAGCUCUAGUUGCCGAUAAUCUCGCAUUGAAUUGCACGAAUAUACCGGAGGCUUUUGAUCUAAUGGAUAUCAAUGUCCUGUCCAUAUUUAAACUUGAUUGCAAAAUGGAAUGGCCCCUGAAUUUGGUAUUCAGCGGGGAAACCAUGGACAAGUAUGCGCAAAUAUUCUCACAUUUGAUUAAGCUGCGACACGUCAGUUUCAUAAUGGAGCGUACCUAUCUGGACUUCCAGCAGUCAUCCAGACUGCACGGCCGCUUAUUGCAGCAGUCAUCGCAGUAUCGUCAUUUGCAAAUGGUGCGUCACAAACUGUCGCAUUUUGUCAUCACGCUGCAGAAUCAUCUGGUCACAAAUGCAUUGGAGGGCACGUGGAAGUCUUUUACCGAUGAGCUAAUCACCGUCGAUUCUGUUGAAGGUCUUUACCAGCGUCAUGUGGAAUACCUAAAGGAGAUCGCCUUCUUUUCGCUGCUCAAUCGUCGGAGCGCCAAGUUUCGGGAGACGAUUGAUAACAUACUUGUGAUUGCGCUACGUUUUUGCAAAAUUCUGAACUCAAAGCCGUUUGUUUUGGAUGAAGAACAACAGUUUGUUCAUCCGCGCUACAAGCGAUUAGUAUACGAAGAAGCCGAGUUUGAAAAAUUCAUUCGUUAUGCGAUCUACUUGGGAAACAAGGUUGCUGCUUCCGGUUAUCAAGAGAAAAUAGUUGACCUAAUACGUAUCAUAAAUUAUAAUAACUACUACAAUGUAGCUGAUAGUACGAAUUAAAUAAAAUGUUAUUAGGUGUUGUCUAGCGCUUGAUUAGGAAUAUA